AUGUCUUCAACUGCUGUGAUCGCUAGUUUGGAUUUCUUCAAGCUGCUGAGAAGGAGAGAGGUCUUUUGCAUAUUAACCGCAUAUUUCUCGGUGUUCUUUGCGGUACUGCGGCUGUUCAGGGUUCUCUCGAGCAUUGUGGUCUCGAUAAACACUGCUGCCACCCCCUGGGAACAGUUACUUCGGGGUCGUUGUUCCUCAAGGCAAACCAAGACGAUCCUCACACUCACACAUGGAUUUCAAUGCAUAGGCGUGAUCGAAGGAGCUUUCUUGCCAGACUCCCAAACAACAACUGUAGACCCUGAGCCAACUUCAGAAUGCACUGGAUGUGGACAAGUCAACCGUGCCAACCGCAUUGUUGGUGGAGAAGAGACGGAGGUGAACGAAUAUCCCUGGAUGGUUUCUCUUGUCGACGGCAGUGGAUACUAUCACUUCUGUGGCGGUUCUAUCAUCUCCAGCCAAUGGGUCGUCACUGCAGCUCACUGUGCAGUAGGCAUGACCACCUCGGAUUAUGUGCUGGUGGGAGACCACAACCUGUACAUCGGUUUCGAAACCAAUUCUCAGUGGAUGCAGAUUGCUGAAAUUGUGAAUCAUCCGUCCUAUGAUUCCAACACACUGGACAACGACAUUGCCCUCAUCAGACUCAAGACAGAGAUCCAGUUCCCAUCUGACAACAAAAUCGCCCCUGUCUGCCUUCCAACUGCUGGUGAAAUGUAUGAUAGUGUGGAUGCCACAAUCACAGGAUGGGGAGCUCAACAGGAGGGAGGAUCCACAUCGGGCACCUUGUUCGAGGUAACAGUGCCCACCAUGACAAACACCGAAUGCAAUACCAAGUACGGAGGAAGCAUCACUGACAUGAUCUGCGCAGGCAUUCCUGAGGGAGGCAACUUGCCAGGUGGAGACUCUGGUGGACCAAUGGUGGUGGAAGAAAACGGCAAGUGGAAGCUGGUGGGAGUUGUGUCGUGGGGUUAUGGCUGUGCUCGACCUGAGAGGCCCGGAGUCUACGCCAGAGUUACACAAUACCUUGACUGGAUUUCGACUUCGACCGGAGGUGUCUGCCCAACCGCUGGUUAA